AUGAACACCAUUGAAGCCGCCGCGUGGUCCAACGACGACGCGGAGCGGGCAAAGAUUGAGAACCGCGGGCUCAGCACCAACAAGUACGUCCGCGGACGUCGACUGGGACUUGGUGGCUCAAGGAUCGUGUACAAGACACUGCGCGUCAGCGACGGCAAAGUGCUUGCUGGGAAGUCGUCCAAAGCACCCAAGGACCUGGAGAGGGAGGCUGACAUUCUCGGGCUCCUGCAACAUGUACGUUGCUCUCCGCUUCCUCGCAAUGCCAGCACACGGCCUCUAACGCUUUAUCCACCGCUUGCCGACUUGCACCAGGAACACAUUGUGGCGUUCGUCGAACUAUACCACGAUCCCCUCUGCCCUGUCUCCGGCCUGCUUCUCAUGGAACUCUGCCCUUACGGAACCCUCCAGGCGCGGAUCGACCAGGUGACGCCUCACAUGGCACGGGGAGAAGUGCUCAGCGUGGUGCUGCAUAUUGCACGGGCUCUGGCGUACAUGCACGCGCGGGGGAUGUACCACUCGGAUGUGAAGCCGCGCAAUGUGCUCCUACAAAACUUUGAUCCCGUCCGCGUCGUGCUGGCGGAUUGCGCAGACGUCAAGAUGUUCGGGCAGCAGGGCAAGUUGAAGGGAACGCCGGCGUACUGGUCGCCGGAGAUGGAGACGACGAGGGCGCACUGUGGUCCUGCGGAUGACAUGUGGGCUUUGGGAGUGACGCUUCUGGGCAUGGUUGGGCAGUGGCCGCAGAUGGUGUAUACUGUGAGGGAUCUGGAGAUGUAUCCGAGGAGGUGCUUCGAGCAUGUGUGCAGGUUGGGGGAGCUGAAUCCGGGCGUGGGAAUUAUAAGGCUGUUGACGGGGCUGUUGGCUUGGGAGGCGGAGGAGAGGAUGAGGGCGGAGGAGUGUGUGCUUGCGGUGGGGGAGCUGGAAGGGGCGGAAGGGGGAGAGGAGCUUGGGAUCAGGUCGCCCGAGGCAUUUCGGCCCAUGUCGUUUUGGUGA